AUGAAGCUUAUAAGGGUCAAUAGACAGUACAUUUCAUCCUGUGACAUUUCUUCAUUCUUCAUUCAAAAAUUAUUUCGAUUAUUAAAAUGCCUGGAAUCGUUAUGGACAGAAAUACUGGAUCUACCAUUGGCACCACACCACACGGCCGGCCAGUUAGAAGCUGAAAUAGAGGCUGCUCGAUUAAGAGUCACUGAUUGGACGCGACUUCGUCGACAUCCCAGCAGAAGCAGAAGUCUUAGUCACGCUAGUGUUUCAACUACUGCAAGUAGUUUGCUUAGCUGUAGUACAUUUGAAAGUGGUGCAACAGAUGCUUCAUAUUUAAAUGUUGCAACAGACGGUACCACAGGCUCAUCAUGUCAUUCUUCCUGCUCAUCAACGUGUGGUAUUCAACUUCCUCCAGAGAUGGCAGCCAAACUUAGUGCAGCCACACUAAUUUCAGCGUUUUUAGCUGCAAGUCAUGAUUUUAGUCAGGAUAAAACUCAAGAUUCUAUCGUUGCAGAUACAGUUAUGAGAUCUAAAAAUUGGCUGGAUGUCUGUGGGAAAGAUUUCAGUAAGCUGUCAAAAGCUGUUAUGAGAACUGAAAAUGAUCGGUUUUGUAUUCAUGUACAAGUUGCGCAAACCAUAUGCUCAACUUCAGCUGAAUCUACUGUUGAAACUAUGGAUGAUGGGGAGUAG